AUACAGUGUCAAGUUAGGGGAAAAUACCCUUUCCCAGCCAGGGUGCCACCACAUAUGUAAGAAGGAAAUUGAGGAGAAAAGGUGCUGUCCAGGAUUCUGGGGUACGGAGUGCUAUGAGUGUCCAGGUGGCUCUGAAAAUCCCUGCAGUGGCCAUGGAACAUGCUUGGAUGGUAUGCAGCGAAAUGGGACCUGCAUCUGCAAGGAGCAAUACAGUGGUUUUGCCUGCCAGAAUUGUCGAGAUGAAAAUCGUUUUGGCCCAGACUGUCAGUCAGUGUGUGACUGUGUGCAUGGGGAAUGCAACAGCAGCGUCACUGGGAAUGGAAGCUGCACGUGCUACGGAGGCUACACUGGUCCCAGGUGUGACCAAGAGCUUCCCCUUUGCAAAGGUGUGACAUGCGAGGCCAACAGCGAAUGUGUGGUAAGGGAUGGGACAGCGAUGUGUGACUGCAAGCUGGGCUACAGAAAAACUGGGAGCACUUGCCAAGCUGAGGAUCCUUGUGCUGAUUCUCCAUGCUCCCCUUUCGCUGUAUGUAAGAGUCUUGGACCACGAAAGUAUCAAUGUACCUGCAAAGAAGGAUUUCAAGGAGAUGGGAAGAUUUGUCAGCCAAUAAACCCUUGUGUGGACAGCAAUGGAGGCUGCCCAGAAAACUCUACAAUUUGUGUUUACAGACGUCCAGGAGAGGUGCUCUGUGUGUGUAGAGAAGGGGAGAUUGGAGAUGGCAGAAGUUGCUAUAAAGAUCUCUUGAGUGAGAUAAAUCAGCAUAAUUCACGAGGAAGAUUUGCUAGGAAAUUAAACGUCGCCAGGAAAAUGUUCGCUUCUGGUUGCUCAGUGUUGCUGACUAAGUACGGGCCUUUCACAGUCUUUGUACCAUCCCUUCUUCCAAUUCAUGAUAGAAUGGAAUUUAACGAUACCACAGCUGAACACUUGUGCAGAUUGCACAUUGUUCCUGGUCUGCAUUUGGUAGAAGAUAUGGUAAAAGCCAAGACUGUGUGGACCUUGUCAGGACAUCAGCUAACAUUCAGUAGCCAGACAUACCUGAAAUCGUUUCAAUAUCAAGACCUGCCAGGGGAACUGUACAGUAUUUUGCAGUCGAACCUACCAGCAGCCAAUGGCAUCAUGCAUAUUGUUAACACGCUAAGGAAAAAACCCAGCACUGACAACCUCAGAAACCCACAGAAAACCAUUGGUGAGAUCCUUGCUUCAAUGGAGGUCUUCAGUAGAUUUGAAACUAUACUGGAGAACUGCGGCCUGCCUGCAAUACUAGAUGGUCCAGGCCCCUUUACUGUAUUUGUACCCAGCAAUGAUGGUGUGGAUAAGCUGAGAGAUGGAAGGCUCAUUUAUCUUUUUACAGAGGGCAUAAAUAAGCUUCAGGAACUUGUGAAACAUCAUAUCUACACUUCAGCAGCGGUGACUGUAGAGAAACUGAUAAUGAUGCCAUACAUUGUUACUAUGGCUAACCAGAUACUCACCAUCAACAUCAGUGCAAGUGGAAGAAUUCUGAUGGAUGAAUCAGGGAUCCCCUUAAAAAUGAGAGACAUUGUGGCAUCAAAUGGUAUUAUUCAUACCUUGGACGGCAUCUUCAUCCCUCCUUCAAUAAUUCCCAUUUUGCCUCACAGAUGCAAUGAAGAGCAAUAUAAAAUUGUGAUGGGCUCUUGUGUGGAUUGUGAGGCCCUCAAUAGCAGCGUUUGCCCACCUGGUAGCAGAGAAAUGGAACCAACACUCUUCCCAAAAGAAUGUGUCUACAUCCAUGAUCCACAAGGCCUGAAUGUCCUGAAGAAAGGGUGCGCCAGGUACUGCAAUCAAACCCUCACGAAACCUGGAUGCUGCAAAGGAUUCUUUGGUCCAGACUGCAUGCCAUGCCCAGGGGGGUUUUCCAGUCCAUGCUAUGGCCAGGGAAACUGCAGUGAUGGCAUACAAGGGAAUGGCAACUGUCACUGCUUUGAAGGUUUCAAAGGAAUAGCCUGCCACAUCUGUUCAAACCCAAACAAGCAUGGCGAGAACUGUGAUGAAGAUUGUGGCUGUGUCCAUGGCAUCUGUGACAACAGGCCUGGCAGCGGUGGUGUGUGUCAGUCCUGGUCCUGUAAGGAAGGCUAUACCGGGAAAUUCUGCGACAAGACAUCCAAGAACUGUGGACCAAGCGGGAUGUCCCAGUAUUGCCACCAGAACGCUGUCUGCAGCCUCAAUGACACAGCAAGGUGUAUCUGCAUGGAUGGGUAUGAAGGUGAUGGGUUUUCCUGCCAGCCCAUCGACCUGUGCAGUCGGCCAGAACGAGGAGGCUGUUCGCAGAAUGCCCUGUGCACCAGUACAGGCCCCGGCACUGCCACCUGCCAGUGCAACACGGGCUGGACUGGGGAUGGGAAGGCCUGCGUGGCCAUAGACAACUGCAUGCUGGAGAGCAGAGGGAAUUGUCACAUCAACGCCAACUGCGUUUAUAUCGGCCCUGGCCAGAGCAAGUGUGUCUGCAGGAGGGGUUAUGCUGGUGAUGGCCACAACUGUGAUGUGAUCAACCCAUGCCUCAUGGACAACGGUGGCUGCCAUGACUUGGCUAUGUGCAUACCCCUUGGUGGAGGAGAGAGAUCCUGCACUUGCCCUCAAGGCUACAUCGGGGAUGGCAUGACAUGCUAUGGGGACAUUGUAAAAGAGCUGGCCAGGAAUUCCCACUUCACAGGCUUCUACAGCUGGAUUAAGAAAUCUCUCUUCAGCAUCCCAGCAGGAACCAAUGUCACUGUCCUGGUGCCAUCGGAGGCAGCUAUCAAAAAUUUGAGCAAGACUGAGGAAGAUUUCUGGUUGACGCCCUACAUGCUGCCAUUUUUAGUCAGGGCGCACUUUCUUGAAGGUGUCUUCACUGGUGAAAAGCUCAAAAAGUACAACAGGCCAGAAUUACCCACCCUCAACCCACAGGCCAGAUGGCAGAUAAACACCAGGAGUGGCGUACUAACCAUCCAGAAUGCAAGUAUAGUUGCAAGUGACAUCCCUGCCAGUAACGGCAUUAUUCAUGUCCUCAGUAAGGUUUUGUUGCCACCUUCAGGAGAUAUCCCACCAAGUCCUCCAGAUCUGCAGAAACAGCUUGAGACAGUUGCCUCAUUCAGCGUGUUCAAGGAGUUACUAGAGCAAUACCAGCUCAUUGGAAAAAUUGAGUCCUCUGAAAAAUAUACAGUUUUUGUUCCUGGAAAUAAUUCCAUUGAGGAGUACUGCCAUACUGCCAAUGUGACACAGUUGGACAAUGAGACAGUGCAGUACCACGUUGUGCUGGGAGAGAAGCUCUUGCCCACAGACUUGAGAAGUGGAAUUCAUAAGAACAGCAUGUUAGGGCUCUCCUACUGGCUAAUGUUUUAUCAAAACAGCACUCAGAAGUUCAUCAAUAAUAUUCCUUUGGAUGGAAAAUUUCUUGAGACAAAGAAUGGCAUGCUGAUUGGGGUUUCACAGGUCCUCCAGAUACAGAAGAAUCGUUGCACUGCCAAUACCACCACCAUACAAAAGUCAAGAUGCGGCAAGUGUGAGAAGGGGAUCAAGUGUCCUCCUGGAUCAGUUCUUGUGGAAUUGCCAGGAAGCAAGAAUCUUGCUCGCUGCGAAUUACGCUCUGGCGAUACAGGAAUACUUGGCUGCCAUUUCACCUGUGCAAAAGUUUCUCUGAGGUCCGUCUGCUGCCCCGGCUACUACGGACACAUGUGCGAGAUGUGCCCAGGGAAGCCAGGCCAGUGGUGCUCCGGGAAUGGGGAAUGCCAGGACGGCAUCGAGGGCAGCGGAGAGUGCCGAUGCCUGGAGGGUUUCCACGGCACUGCCUGUGAAAUGUGUGAAGUGGGCCGAUACGGAGCUGACUGCAAAUCAGAAUGUGCCUGCGACAACGGCAUAUGUAACGAUGGACUGCAAGGGGACGGGAGCUGCAAGUGUUUCCCAGGGUGGAAGGGCCCUACAUGCAGAGAAAGAAUCGAGAUUGACUUAUGCAAUAACACUUGCCAUCAAAUGGCCAACUGCCUCAACAGUUCUGCAGAUUCCACACCUACAUGCUUCUGCUCUGCCGGAUACACAGGGAAUGGGACCCAUUGCACAGAAAUAGAUCCAUGCACUAUCGAUCAUGGUGGCUGCUCCAUACACGCCAUGUGUACUAAAGUCUCCCCAGGAGAGAGAACCUGUGUUUGUAAGGAAGGCUAUGCUGGAGACGGGACGCUCUGCAUGGAAAUUGAUCUCUGUCUCGAAAGCAACGGGGGCUGCCACACCAACGCAGAGUGCAUUAAAACAGGCCCAAGAAAGGUUGCCUGCAACUGUCUUCCUGGUUACAGUGGGGAUGGCGUGAGCCAGUGCAACCCCAUCAACUUGUGUGAACAGAACAAUGGAGGCUGUAGUCCAUUUGGGCUCUGCAAAUAUACGGGUCCUGGCACUCGAAACUGCUCCUGCUCUUGGAACAGUAUCGGAGAUGGCUUCACCUGCCGUGGCAAAGUGUAUCAGGAGCUCAAAAGGAUCGAAGAUGCAUCCGUCUUCUCUAAGAUGAUACUGUUUGAGGAGUGGAGGAGCAGAGGUCUCCUCCGGGACCUGCUUCGUUACCACAUGGUGGGUUGCCAGAAAUUGCUGUCCAGUGACCUGGAAGACCAGGAGUCCCUUACAUCUUUAUCUGGCUACAAAAUAAAGAUCACAAUGAAAGAGAAUAGCAUCUAUCUUAAUGAGGAAGCCAAAGUGGUCGUGAGUGACAUCAUCGGCGUGAAUGGGGUCAUUCAUUUAAUCAAUAAGAUGCUCAUUCCAAGUGACCUGGUGGACCGUAACGUUUCCUCAAAGAUCUCACUGCAAAAUAUCACGGAAGUGGCAGAGGCCUUUGGGUACACCAUUUAUAGCAAGCUGCUGCAGGAUGCGGAACUGCUUCCACUGAUUCGUGACACCCUGCAUAGACCCUUCACCAUGCUGUGGCCCACAGAUACUGCAUUUAACGCCCUCUCGGAGAAAAGGCAGAAGUGGCUGUACCGCAGAGAGCAUCGGGACGUGCUGGCCUCCUACCUCAAAGCACACAUGAUCAGGGACGCAAAGAUUGUUGCUGGUAAUGUGCCCCAAGUCAAAUCCAUACGGACCAUGCACGGCUCCACUGUCUCGUUCAGCUGCAGCAAAACUCACGUGGGGGAGCUUCUGGUGGGGAACGGCGAUGCCACCAUCAUCCAGAGGCACAUGGAAUUCAAUGGGGGCAUUGCUUAUGGCAUUGAUAGGCUGUUGGAGCCACCGGAUCUGGGAUCUCGGUGUGAUGGGUUCAUCUUUGUUGAGCUGCAGGGAUCUACAGAAAGCUGUGGACUCUGUGGCUUCGAGCCACCCUGCCCUGCUGGCUCCAUUCAACAGGGGGACACCAAGCGCUGCUACUAUUAUGGAAACCAGCUGUUGAGAAACACUUUCCUGUUUCACCGCAACUCCCUGUUGCGGCCAUCCUGGUCGUCAUCCUCCCCGUGGGACCCCUUCAGAAGACACUUCUCUUCCAGGGGGCCUCUGAAACGAGGCUGCAAGAGGAGCUGCUUUUCUACCCAGUGGGUCCCUCAGUGCUGUGCAAACCACUAUGGCCGUGACUGUCGGGUGUGCCCAGGAGGGCUGGAGGCACCAUGUGGUAACCGUGGUACCUGUGACGACAAAAUCGGUGGUUCGGGGAGAUGCAACUGCAGCCGGGCUUUCAUUGGGACCAGCUGUGAGCUGUGUGCGCCGGGCAGAUAUGGGCCAGACUGCCGAGAGUGUAACUGUACCAAGAAUGGUGUGUGCAAUGGAGGACUGCAUGGUGAUGGCUUCUGCUUCUGUGCCGAGGGCUGGACUGGAGACCGCUGCGAAAUCAGACUAGUCAUGACACCCACCUGCUCUCCACCAUGCCACCCCCAGGCCGUCUGCCGCUCCAGCAAUCUCUGCGAAUGCAACCUACACUAUGAAGGAGAUGGGAGAACAUGCUCAGUGAUCGACGUGUGCAGCCAGGACAACGGGGGGUGCGCCAGGCACGCACAGUGCACGCAGGUUGGCGUGAACGUCUCCUGUGCCUGUGCUCCUGGGUAUGGAGGCGACGGCUACGUCUGCGACCCCAUAGACAGGUGUGCAGAUGGUAGGAAUGGGGACUGCAGCCAGCACGCCAACUGCAUCAGCACUGGGCCGAACGAACGGCGCUGCGAGUGCAAGCGAGGCUACGUUGGUGAUGGGAUCCAGUGCCUGGAAGAGGCUGUGCCCCCCACAGACCGGUGCCUGGAAGACAAUGGGCAGUGCCAUCGGAAGGCCAUUUGCACUGACCUGCACUUUCAUGAUAAGACUAUGGGCGUAUUUCAUCUGCAGUCACCCCGAAAAAAGUACGGCUUCACUUAUGAGCAGGCUCAGAAGGCCUGUGCCACAGAAGGCGCUUCCCUGGCCACUUUCCAGCAGCUCGCCGCAGCGCAGCAGAUGGGAUUCCAUCUGUGCUUGGUGGGUUGGCUGGACAAUGGCACAGCCGGAUACCCCACGGCCUACCCCAACCCCAGCUGCGGGGCUAACCGAGUAGGCAUUGUGGACUAUGGCUCCCGAAGCAACCUGAGCGAGACCUGGGAUGCAUUCUGCUACCGCGAGAAGGAUCUGACUUGCACCUGCCGUGAUGGGUUCGUGGGAGAUGGGUAUUGGUGCAGCGGCAAACUCCCUGAUGUGCUCGCAGACCACGCUCGCUUCUCCACUUUCUAUUCCAUGUUGCUCGAUUUUGCCAAUGACACAGAAGAAGGACUGGAUUUUUUCAUCUAUUUGUCUGAUGACUCCGCUCCCAAAACUCUCUUCGUCCCUCUGAAUUCUGGCUUCGCAGACAAUGACACGCUGACAGGAGAAGAACUGAAGCUCCAUGUGUCAUCCAGCAAUGUCAUCCUCUUCAGCUUCAACCUCACAACGGGCACCAUCAUCCCGUCCCAGUCAGGAUACGACCUCCAUGUAUCAGACCUCCCAGCAGGCAACAGUACAGAGUACUCAGAAGCCAAGGGGAUCAAUGACACGAUGAUUGUGGAGUGGGACAUCAUAGCUUUCAACGGCAUCAUUCAUGCGAUUGCAGAGCCGCUGAGGAUCCCACCACCCGUCAUUCAUCUUGGUCAG